CUUCAUCGUUCAUUUCAGGCUUGACUCCCACUGGAAUCGUCUUCUUCGUUUGUUCCUCUCCCUCCCAUCUUACUUUCUCCGACGACCGACUGGCACUCCGGCGUGCCACUAACGCGAACUGCAGGCGUUCUUCGUUUCCGACAACUUCGGCUCUUUGUUCACUUCCAGUCCGACGCUCAAUUGGUUUUGGAUCCAUCUUCGCCGUAUCUCUAUGCUUCUUAGUUGUGGUCUUGUCAAAUAUUUAGCAUAAGUCAAUAUGCAAGUCCCUUCAGAAGGAGAAAAUGCUUUGGCUACGGUUGGUCCUCGGCCAAUGGAAUGGUCAACUGUUCCAUAUAAUCCACCUCAAGGUCCUGGGCCGAAUGGGAAACAGCGAACCUCAAGUCUGGAAUCACCGAUCAUGUUGUUAUCAGGCCAUCAGAGUGCCAUAUAUACAUUAAAGUUCAAUCCAGAUGGAAACGUGAUUGCCUCUGGGUCUCACGACAAGGAAAUUUUUCUAUGGAAUGUACAUGGGGAUUGCAAGAAUUUUAUGGUUUUGAGAGGGCAUAAGAAUGCAGUUCUAGAUCUUCAUUGGACUGUUGAUGGAUCUCAGAUAGUUAGUGCCAGUCCUGAUAAAACAUUGAGAGCAUGGGAUGUCGAGACUGGAAAACAAAUUAAGAAGAUGGCAGAACAUUCCUCAUUUGUCAAUUCAUGUUGUCCCACAAGAAGAGGGCUGCCACUAAUUGUCAGUGGAUCGGAUGAUGGAACUGCAAAACUUUGGGAUAUGCGUCAAAGGGGCGCUAUUCAAACAUUCCCAGAUAAAUAUCAGAUUACAGCAGUAAGUUUCUCAGAUGCAUCAGACAAGAUCUUCACAGGUGGAAUUGACAACGAUGUUAAGGUUUGGGAUUUGCGCAAAAGUGAAGUUAUGAUGACACUUCAAGGUCAUCAAGAUAUGAUAACUGGUAUGCAGUUGAGUCCUGAUGGUUCUUAUCUCCUCACUAACGGAAUGGAUUGCAAGCUCUGCAUAUGGGACAUGCGCCCGUAUGCACCUCAAAACCGAUGUGUGAAGAUAUUUGAAGGGCACCAACAUAACUUUGAAAAGAACCUACUGAAAUGUAGCUGGUCUGCUGAUGGUAGUAAGGUCACUGCAGGCAGUUCAGAUCGGAUGGUUUACAUAUGGGAUACAACGUCUCGACGAAUAUUGUACAAGCUUCCUGGCCAUACUGGAUCUGUCAACGAGUGUGUCUUCCAUCCCAGUGAGCCUAUUGUUGCAUCUUGCAGUAGUGAUAAACAGAUAUAUCUUGGGGAGAUUUAAUCUACAUUUGAAAUCCUCAAUCUGUACUGUAAGUGCUCUUGUCAAUUACUUAAUUGCUUCUAUUUUCCUAAUGUAAGUGACCCACAACAAAAAUGAUUUUUGGACGUAGGAUUCAAGGUGACAUUUCUGGGUAAUGUAGUAAACGUCUUCAUGAUAUAAAAACUUGCAAUUUGAACUUUGUUUCCUA